GAUUCAAUUGGAUGAGUCUGUUGAGCAACUGAAAGAAGCAACCGAGAGAAUGAAUGUGCAAAACGAAAGGAUUCAAGCGCUAACAGACAUCGUGGUGCAGAAAGAUGCCAUUAUUACAAAGCUAGAAGACUUGAGAUCUCAUUUAGAAGAAAAAGUGAAGGACUAUGAAAAGACUAUAACUACUUUUAAAACAAAGCUGGCAAAUGAGAACUCUAAUAAAGCUAGUGAAAGCAGCCGAUUCAAGGGACAUGAGGAAAGUGAGUUGGAAGUGGGCAGAAAGCGCUGUUUUGAAGAUAAGCCUCCUGUGGAAGAGCCACCUCCAAAGAAAGUUGUUGUGAAGGAGAGAAAGAAAAAGAGCACUCUAGAGCAAAAGAGAAUGGAAUACAUGAAGCAGAAGUGCUCUGCGUACCAUAUGGAAGUACUAGCACUGAGGGAAAGAUCUGAAACCUCGGAACGUCACUUAGCUGUGCUUGAAGAGCAUUGCAGGAGAGAAGAAAAUAAAAAAGAAGGUCUCAGUAAGCAGGUCACAAGCCUGCGUAUUAAGCUCUCUUUUUCUGAAGAAACAGCUGCUGACCUCUGUGAACAACUUCGGCAGUGUCAAGCUGAGUAUCGGGAAAUUGCUUCUGAGCUGGAUGAACAGAGAUCUGUAAAUAUGGGGCUGGAAGAAAAAAAUGUUCAACUAAAUAACAUCAUAGAAGUUGCCAAACAAAACAUAAUUGAUAAAGUGUCACAAGUAAAAGCAGUGCAGACCAAAUUAGGUGACUUAUACAGACGUCACUUAGAGUCCUACGCUAUCGAUACUGACUUAGUCAAGGUAGAGGAUUCCUCAGGCUCUGAGGAAGAUGAACCAGAGAGAUCUCAAAUUAGUUCUGCAUGCCUUCAGUCACAGGCUUCUUCUAUGUCAGAUCUUGCACAGGACCGCUCCUUUUACCACGGUCUUGAAAGGAUUUGGGAAGCAUGCAAACAUAUUAUUGAUGUUUCCUCACAAAAAAGUCAGCGGAUCGAAGCACUGCUUCAAGAUGUUGAAAGCCUAAGGAAGGGACUGAAAGAUGCUGAGAAUUGUAAUAAUCGACUUGAAAUGAAGCUAAGCGAGGUUACAAAUCCAGGUAGUCAGAAAGAAGAUCUUAUGAAUCAGUUACAAGAGCAAAUAGAAAAGAAAACCUGGGACUUUGAAAAAAAGGCUGCGGAAGAUCACAGAGUAAUUGCACAUUUUGAGGAGGAAGUUGCCAACUGUGAGGUAAAAAUAAGAGAGCUUGAAUGUCUCCUGGAAGCUUUCAGAGCAAAGGAAGGCAGCGUGACAAAACUCGAAGAGUUACUUAAGGAAAAGGAAUCCAUUAUUGUAAAUCUAGAAACAGUUAUGGCAGCUCUGCAGGAGAAGUCUGCUAAUGAAGACACAAAGGUUGAAGAGCUAAAUAAUGAAAAAGCAAAUCUGAUGGAAGAAGUUGUGCAGCUGAAAAACAGCUUGGAGCAGAUGAAACACUCUCUUUGGGAAAAGGAAAGGAGUGAAAAGGAGAAAAUACAAACUAUAGAAUCGCUUAAAAAGGCUGUUGCUGAGAGCUCUGUCCUUGUGCGGAAUUUGAAAAAAGAUUUGCAGAGGAAAGAAGAAGAGUAUGCAGACUUAAAAGACAAACUUCCUGAUGCCAAGAAACAAAUUCUGCAAGUACAAAGCGAGGUGACUGGUGUACUUAGCAGAACUUUGCGGGAGAGGAAUGGGAUGAGCGCAUGA